GCGAGAGCUCGGAGCGGCGGAGCGGCCGACAUGGAGCCGAGCGGCGGCCCCGGGCCGGGCCCCGUCCCGGUCCCGGGGAACAACAAGGGCCGCGGUGGGGCGGCCGCGCCCGGAAGGGGCCGCGACUUGGCUCGGCCGCCGCGCAAGGACUCCGAGGGCUAUUCGGAGUCGCCAGACCUGGAAUUUGAAUAUGCAGACACGGAUAAAUGGGCAGCAGAGCUGUCAGAGCUGUACAGCUACACGGAGGGGCCAGAGUUCCUGCUCAACCGAAAAUGCUUUGAGGAGGACUUCAGGAUCCACAUGCGGGACAAGAAGUGGCCGGAGCUGGAGCGGACGCAGCACCGCACCCACGCCAUGCGGCUCCUGGACGGGCUGGAGGUCACCGCGCGCGAGAAGAGGCUCCGCGUGGCCCGAGCCAUCCUCUACGUGGCCCAAGGCACCUUCGGGGAGUGCAGCUCCGAGGCCGAGGUCCAGGCUUGGAUGAGGUACAACAUCUUCCUCCUGCUGGAAGUGGGAACGUUCAACGCCUUGGUGGAGCUGCUGAACAUGGAGAUCGACAACAGCGCAGCCUGUUCCAGUGCCGUGAGGAAACCGGCCAUUUCCCUGGCUGACAGCACCGACCUCAGGGUGCUGCUGAACAUCAUGUACCUGAUCGUGGAGACUGUGCGCCAGGAGGCCGAGGGAGACAAGCCUGAGUGGAAGAGCAUGAGACAAACCUUCCGAGCAGAGCUGGGAGCCCCCCUGUACAACAACGAGCCCUUCUCUGUCAUGCUCUUUGGGAUGGUGACCAAAUUCUGCAGUGGCCAUGCCCCACACUUCCCCAUGAAGAAGGUGYUGCUUCUGCUCUGGAAGACAGUGCUGUGCACCCUGGGAGGGUUUGAGGAGCUGCAGAGCAUGAAGGCAGAGAAGAGGGAGAUGCUGGGGCUGCCGCCGCUGCCGGAGGACAGCAUCCAGGUGAUCCGCAACAUGCGGGCAGCCUCCCCGCCCGCCUCCGCCUCCGACCUCAUCGAGCAGCAGCAGAAGCGCGGCCGCAGGGACCACAAGGCCCUCAUCAAGCAGGAUAACCUCGAUGCCUUCAAUGAGCGCGAUCCGUACAAAGCUGAUGAUUCCCGCGAGGAGGAAGAGGAGAACGAUGAUGACAACAGCCUGGAGGGAGAGACCUUCCCCCUGGAACGGGAUGAAGUGAUGCCCCCGCCCACCCAGCACCCCCCCAGCGAUCGCAUCACCUGCCCCAAAGGGCUGCCCUGGGCCCCCAAGGUCCGGGAGAAGGACAUUGAGAUGUUCCUGGAAUCCAGCCGCAGCAAAUUCAUCGGCUACACGCUGGGCAGUGACACCAACACCGUGGUGGGGUUGCCCAGGCCCAUCCAUGAGAGCAUCCGCACCCUGAAGCUGGUGAGUCCGUUCAGGAAUUCCUCCAGCCCCUGCUGCUGCAUGGUCCUGGUACAAUCCCUCUGUGCCCCCAGGACCACSGUGCUGCAGAGCAUGAAGCUGGGGGUGGAUGUCAAUCGGCACAAGGAGAUCAUCGUCAAGGCCAUCUCUGCCGUGCUGCUCCUSCUGCUCAAGCACUUCAAGCUCAACCACAUCUACCAGUUUGAGUACAUGGCCCAGCACCUGGUCUUUGCMAACUGCAUCCCGCUCAUCCUCAAGUUCUUCAACCAGAAUAUCAUGUCCUACAUCACUGCCAAGAACAGCAUCUCUGUCCUGGACUAUCCGUACUGUGUCGUGCACGAGCUGCCAGAGCUGACGGCAGAGAGCCUGGAAGCUGGAGACAACAACCAGUUCUGCUGGCGGAACCUCUUCUCCUGCAUCAACCUCCUGCGCAUCCUGAACAAGCUGACCAAGUGGAAGCAUUCCCGCACCAUGAUGCUGGUCGUGUUCAAGUCGGCGCCCAUCCUGAAGCGGGCCCUGAAGGUGAAGCAGGCCAUGAUGCAGCUCUACGUGCUGAAGCUGCUCAAGGUGCAGACCAAGUACCUGGGCCGGCAGUGGAGGAAGAGCAACAUGAAAACCAUGUCUCCAGACCUGGACGCCCGUCCCUGGGAUUUCCAGGCRGAGGAGUGCGCCCUGCGUGCCAGCAUCGAGCGCUUCAACUCGCGGCGCUACGACCGUGCCCACGGCAACCCCGACUUCCUGCCGGUGGAUAACUGCCUGCAGAGCGUGCUGGGCCAGCGUGUGGAGCUGCCUGAGGAUUUCCAGAUCAACUACGACCUGUGGCUGGAGCGGGAGGUCUUCUCCCGGCCCAUCUCCUGGGAGGAGCUGCUGCAGUGAUGGACACRGGGACACUGGAGGGGUGGCUUGGAGAGCUCGAGGCUGCCUGGGGCAGGGGAGCGAGGUUUGGGGGGGUYUGUGGGUGAUUGUGCUGCUUGGUGRG